AUGACAGAAACGAAGGUUAGGUUAUGUGAUAGGACUAUUAAACAUUUCAAAGUAUUUUAUAGCUAUCGAUAGACGUUAUCAAUCCCGUAUAUAUAAAGAAAAGUCGCCUCUAAGUCUGCAAAGCGUCAGAUGAAUCGCGAUCUGACAAUAAGACGAUAGGGUUAGGUUAGGUUGAGCAAGUCAUUUAAAGGAACGUGGCAAAGGAGUGAUUCGAUCUUCGAGGUGGUGUAUUGUGUGUGUGUGUGUGUGCGCGUGUACCAGAAGGAAGAGGAAAAGAUCUGACAAAAACACAUUUCCUUGUCGCAUCGCAAAGGCAUCGAUCGUAUCGCGAGUGCGCUUGCACGAGACGACAAUCGUAUCGAUGAUAUCGCCAGGUAUCGCUGGCACGCACAUGCACCGUCAACUCGCAAAUUGUUGCGAAUCUCGCUGCAGCAUGUUAUAGCGCGUGCGCGCGCGUAUACUCCGUGGCGUUUGUGCGCGUGCGACGGCAGUCACACAGUACGAAUCUCUCCAUGCGACGGUACUCCCCUACCUCCUUCGACGGGAUUAUCAAAAUGGUGGCUGCUGCAUAACGUGGGUGAUGUGUAGACAGAUAUCGGCGACUCGCAUUGUGAUCGUUUCAGGGAAACGCGUGAAACGCGAGCGCUGUUACUACUACGCGAAACUGACAGCAACAUGGGCGACCCGAAGAGCCAGCACGGCGCUCAGGAAAUGAAAGGCUGGCUUUUCAAAUGGACGAAUUACCUGAAAGGUUACCAACGGCGAUGGUUCGUCCUGUCAAAUGGCCUCCUCUCGUAUUACAGGGCUGAACCAACAGGGGGGCCAAAGAUAUCAACGCGACGCAAGCGGAGGGCUGGCAGAGCCUCCGAAAAUCCCGCGGAGAUGUCCCACACAUGCCGUGGCACGAUUUCCUUACACGGGGCCUUAAUACACACAGUGGACGCCUGCACUUUCGUCGUUAGCAACGGCGGCACCCAAACCUUCCACAUCAAAGCGGCGACCGAGGUGGAGCGGCAGCAGUGGGUCACAGCCCUCGAGCUGGCCAAAGCCAAGGCCAUCAAAGCGAUGGAAUCUGAAGAAGAGGAAGAAGAAUAUCAGGAUAACGACAAUCAAAAAGCGGAAACUGCGUCUGUGAUUAAGGAUCUAACGCGACGACUGGAUGAUCUGCAAGCGUGCAAUGACUUGAUAUUUAAGCAGGGAACUAUGCUGCAACGAGCUUUAAACGACUUGGAAACGCUCGAGUCUCCGUCCCCCGAAUUAGCGGCGAAAAUCAAGACCGUCAGCGAACGAGCCACGCUUUUCCGAAUUGCGGCGAACGCUAUGAUCAGUACGAGCAGCGAUUAUUUACAAUUAGCCCAGCAGCAAGAACCUAAGUGGAAGAAGAUGCUGCAGCAUGAGCGUGACCAAAAGGAACGGAUAGAGAAGAUGGUCGAGCAGCUGGCCAGGCAACAUUCGCAUUUGGAGGAAGCGGCGCAACACGCGAUUCCUUCAGCAACGCCCGCGGGAGGACACAGACCUUCACCAGUGCGGGCACGCUGUAAGGAAAAAAGAGAAUCGACACGGCAGCGGCGCGACUCGCAUGAAAUCGCGAUAAGAAGCGACGCGAUUACAGACAAUGAGAAAGCUUCCUGUCCGUCGUCUCUCCUGGCUCGGGUCCGCAUGCGACACGAAUUCCGUCGCAUUCCUCAGCAACAAAUGGAGAACUUUGACAUUGUAGAUCCUGCAGUGACCACGUCGCCGUCCGAGGACGAGGAAGAUAAUGCGGAGUUUUAUGACGCGCAAGAAUUGGACACCUUUACAUUAACUAUAUCCGGAGUUGCCACGAGUAAUUCGAUUUCUCAUACGAGAGAUCGUACCGAUUCGCAAGGUAGCGACGAUGGUUCUAGCUCAGAAGGAGAUCCAACGCCCUUGCCUGUUUCUGACUCCACCGGUGCUGACUCGUUUCUCAUUGUGACCGAUUCUACCGCAGCGCAGACUCCCUUAUCUGUCACAAAUAUAGACGACCUGGAUAACACUGCUUGGCAGACUAACAAUGGCAGUGGCAGCACCGGGGUGACUCCUGUUUCCAAGAGGAAGCGAAGGACUAGGGUACCUGAUAAACCAAAUUAUCCUUUAAAUUUAUGGAGUAUCAUGAAAAAUUGUAUCGGCAAGGAUUUAUCGAAGAUCCCUAUGCCAGUUAAUUUUUCCGAACCACUUAGUAUGCUGCAACGACUGACAGAAGACUAUGAAUAUGCGGACAUUUUGGACAGGGCUGCGGAGUGUGCAGAUAGCUAUGAGCAGAUGGCUUACGUAGCCGCGUUCACCAUAUCUAGUUAUUCCACAACUGCUGCUAGAACAGGGAAGCCGUUCAAUCCUCUAUUGGGCGAAACCUAUGAAUGCGAUCGUACGGACGACCUUGGAUGGCGCGCGAUUUCGGAACAAGUAUCUCAUCAUCCACCUAUGCUAGCUCAGCAUUGUGAGGGGCAGAAAUGGCGGUGUUGGCAGGAGUUCACGAUGGCUUCUAAAUUCCGUGGGAAAUAUUUGCAGGUAAUUCCUCUGGGCACUGCUCACUUAGAAUUCGACAGUGGCCUGCAACACUACACAUGGCGAAAAGUCACUACUACCGUACAUAAUAUUAUAGUCGGGAAAUUGUGGGUCGAUCAGAGCGGCGAUAUGGAUAUUGUGAAUCACAAGGAGGGUAUCAAGUGCCAUUUGAAGUACAUACCGUACUCGUACUUCUCACGAGAUAGUCAACGCAAGGUGAAGGGAGUGGUAAUGAAUUCCAACAAGGAGGUCAAAUGGGUGGUGCAGGGUACUUGGGACGCGAAGAUAGAGAUUGCUCCAGUGAUCAGCACGUCCGGUACACCGGAUAAUCCGGUUUACAAGACGGGUCCCUACAUCUUGGCCUGGAAACGACGUAUGCCCCUCGAAGACUGUGAGAAAUAUUAUUCGUUCACGGAACUGGCGUGUCAAUUGAACGAACCGGAAGAAGGCAUAGCUCCAACGGACUCUCGCUUGAGGCCUGAUCAACGGUUAAUGGAGGACGGACGAUGGGAUGAGGCUAAUGCGGAGAAAUUGCGUUUGGAAGAGAAGCAAAGGGCUGUCAGACGGGCGCGUGAACACGACGCCGAGAAGGCCGCCGCGCAAGGUUUUCCGUACGAAUCGUACGAACCGCUGUGGUUUAAGAAGAAGCAGGAUCCAUACACGGACAGUCGUUGUUAUGUAUAUAACGGCGAAUAUUGGGAUUGUAAAAGUAAAGGUGAUUGGUCGCGAUGUCCGAACAUAUUUUAGUUUAUUAUUAUAAAUAUAUUCUAUUAUACACACAAUGUGACUUGUCACACGUACAUGCAGCGCGAGAACUUUUGGAUUGUUUAGAAUGGACGAUAAACGGAUGUUAGAAAUUGCGAUCAUUACUCGAGAAGACCGAAACUUAAUACUUACGAGAUAAUGUUGACGUGAUAGUGGGGUUGUUACGGGAUAUGGUUUAGCGGUUAAUUAAUUCUUCCAAUCAGAUGGACGAAGUUGGCACUCGGAUCAUGUACAAUGUGCAGUUUGUACUCGUGUGUCACCUUUCUUCGCUAUCCUUUGGCCCUCCUAUACUCUCCCAUUCUUCUAUAUUUUCUUGCUACUUCACAGCGUCUUGAAUCUUUUUAUUUUCCAAAGUGAUAAAUAUCAAUGAUUAGUAAGAAUCUAAUGUCGAAUAAACGUGCGCUUUCGUGUUGAUUUCUUUUUUAUUAAAUUUUGCGAAAAUAACGAGAGACAGAAAUAUUAAAAAAUUCUCUUCUGUCAAAUACGACACAUCCCAUAUAUAUAUCAGUUGUAUACGUAUGAAUACAUGAGAAAUCAACAUUUAAGCAAAAUACGAGUCGGACGUAA